AUGUCUUUCCUUCAUAAUCAUUCUUGCGAGUGCGUUAAGUCAGAAUUGGAUUUGUUUGCACUACCGUCUACACAAACUAGCAUUGAAAAUGGAUUGUGGAUUCAUUAUAAACCAAUUUCAUCUCUUGGUGAUGAUGGACCUAUCGAGUUUCAAGUUCCUGGGACCGGCGAUGACUACAUAGAUUUGUCUCAUACAUUACUCCACAUAAAGGCAAAAGUAUUAAAUCAAGAUUCAACUAAUUUGGUAUCUACUACAAUAGUAGCACCUGUAAAUAAUUGGCUGCAUUCACUUUUUAGUCAACUUGAUGUUUAUUUAAACCAAAAACUUGUAUCACCACCUAAUAAUACCUAUGCAUAUCGAGCAUACAUGGAAACCCUUUUAAACUAUGCCCCUGCUGCUAAACAAUCUCAUCUUACUUGUAGUCUUUGGUAUGAGGAUACAGCAGGAAAAAUGGAUUCUACAGAUGGUAAAAACAUAGGAUUUGUUAAAAGACAGGAAUUGAUUAGUGAAAGUAAGGAAAUAGAAAUGAUUGGUCAUCUUCACGGUGACAUUUUUAACCAAGAUAAAUUUUUAAUUAAUGGUGUUGAAAUGAGUGUUAAAUUGGUUCGAUCAAGAGAGAGUUUUAAUUUAAUUGUUGGAUCAAACGAUGUAAAGUUUAAAGUUUGUAUUACGGACGCAACUCUUUUUGUUCGACGAGCACGAAUUAAUCCAAGUGUAUUACUCGCACAUCAAAAAGUUUUAGCUUCUACCACUGCUAAAUAUCCUAUUACUCGAGCUGAAGUAAAAGUUUUAACAAUUCCUUCGGGUGUUCAAGGAAAAACUCUUGAUAAUAUAUUUUUAGGACAGGUACCGAAAAGAUGUAUAAUUGGAUUUGUGAACAAUUCUGCAUUUAAUGGUUCCCUUACUAAAAAUCCAUUUAACUUUGAAAACUAUGGUAUUAAUUCUUUCAGCUUAUAUAUUGAUGGUCAACAAAUACCUUCAAAAGCUUUGCAACCAUCUUUUAAUAAUAGCAUAUUUACAUCAGCAUAUCAUACUCUAUUCUCGGGAACUGGUAUUCACUUUCUUAAUGAAGGAAAUGGAAUCUCUUGUGAACAGUAUGGCAAAGGUUACUGUCUAUUAGCAUUUGACUUAACUCCUGAUUUAUCAGCUAACUCAUCAACUCAUUGGAAUCUCAUAAAGCAUGGUAGUGUAAGAAUAGAAGUACGAUUUGAAUCCUCAUUAAUACAAACAAUUAACUGUAUAGUUUAUGCUGAGUUUGAUAAUAUUAUUGAGAUAGAUAAAAACAGAAAUGUUACUGUAGACUAUAGUAGUUAA